AUGGAGACCAUUCAGACAUUCCGAGAUUGGUUCUGGUCAGAAAAGUUCUGGCUGCCAGGCAAUUUGACAUGGGACACAUUUGAAAACCCACCUCCUGGUGAAUAUUAUCCCUUGGAGCGACACCUUCUCCUUCCAAGCUUGGCAAUAGGAAUUUUUCUGAUUGGAAUUCGCCAAGUGUAUGAAAGGUGCUUGGUGGUCCCCUUUGCAAAGUAUAUGGGUUUAAAGUACAAGAAACACUAUGCAGUUGAAGUAAACCCAGCACUGGAAACUCUUUAUGUGGCUGUGAAGUUCCCUAAACAAGAUCAGAUAGAGGAGGUAGCCAAAAAGACAAGUCUUACAGAACGACAGAUACAAAGAUGGUUCCGACACCGACGCAGUCAAGACAUGCCUGGCAGGAUGAAAAAGUUCAGGGAAUGCAGUUGGCAUUUUCUAUUUUACACCAUGAGUUUUUUUGGAGGCCUUUAUGUCUUGUGGGAUAAACCAUACUUAUGGGAUUCCAAACAUUUUUGGUUAAACUGUGGGCUUCAGCAUGUGCCUAAUGAAAUCUACUGGUACUACACUAUAGAACUGGGAUUCUACUGGAACCUAGUGUUUACUAUAUUAUCUGAUCACAAGAGGAAGGACUUUGUAGAAAUGGUGGUCCAUCAUGUUGUCACCAUUAAUCUGGUCUACUUUUCCUUUGCCUGUAAUCAGAUCCGUGUUGGCACGUUGGUCCUGCUUGUCCAUGAUGCAGUGGACUUCUGGAUGGCAGCUGCAAAAAUGGCUAUUUAUUUGAAGAAACCCAAAGUAGCAGACAGUCUGUUUGUAAUUUUCCUAAUUGUUUGGUUUUUCACCAGGCUGUAUAUCUACCCGUUCAGGAUACUAUGGUCUGCAACUUUCCAAUCCCCUCAAUAUGUGGAGUCUGCAAAGGAAUACCCAGUCUACUGGAUUCUCAAUGGUUUGCUUUGGGUUCUCCAAGUUCUCCACAUCAUUUGGACCUACAUGAUACUACGCAUGGUGGUAGACAAACUAGUCGGCAAAGAACUGAAAGAUGUAAGAAGUGACACAGAAUCGUCCACUGGUGGAGAGGAUGAUGUAAUCAAAGAAACAGAACCUAUUACCAAUGGUUCCUCUCCAUCAUUAAGGAAACAUCCCGUGUCUGAAAAUGGGAAAUCCUAG